GAUGUUGAUGGGAGGCAUCUGGAACUUAUUGCGGAUUAUAUGACAUUCGAAGGCGCAUACAAGCCAUUCAACCGUAAGGGUCUCUCAAGCAACCCUUCGCCCCUUCUGAAGGCGUCAUAUGAGACGACUGCCGCCUUUCUUUCGGACGCGACAUUGUAUGGUGACUUUGACGACUUGUCCACGCCGUCGGGUAACCUGGUUAUGGGGCGUCCUAAUCAAACGGGUACUGGGGUUUUCGAUGUAGUGAUGCUCGCGGAAGUUCCUACCUGAUAUACGUACUUGUUAUGUCUUCCAUGUUGUUUACGAGUGACGGAAGAACACGUUACGUCACGCGUUUGACGGAAUCCGGCUUUUCGCGAGGGCUAAGCGCCUUUGGCUCCGACCACGCACUAGCACUAUCAAUAAUCCCUAGUGUCAUUUCAACAUCGUCGUGUUCCUUCUUCAUUCUCUUUACAAUGCCCGUGACGGCUCGUCCUGGUCCUUUGAAAGACCUGCCACCUGCACAUUUCCUGGCCAGUAGCGCCAGUUUAACUCCCACCAUUGCUAAACCAACCAAACGCCCUCUUUCACCUUCGAAAUCAACCAUCUUUAGCCCGGCUAAGCGCCGCAUCCUGCAUUCAGAAGGCAUUCUCCUACCCGGCGAAGCCCCCCAGUCGUCUCUACGACCUCAGCUUCCAUCGUUUGGAAGCGACGUGUUUGGAGCAUCCCAAAACUCGUCAAUAUUAACAUUGGCAUCACCCGCACAAGGUGCUGGUGCUACCCAGGGAAGCUCAAGGGAUAGACAAACACCGAGGAGAUCUUCGUCGAAGCUGACACGUUAUCAAUGUUCAACCAUUACCUCGGGAGACGACUCAGGAACUGCACUGAGCCUCCGUCGCUCGUCUCGCCUGCAGUCAUCUCAACCCGGUGCCGCUUCCAUGGCAAUUCUUCGCGAGAUGCCACUACCUCAUGAUCGUCAGUCAGUGCAUUAUCCUGGUUUUGACACGUACCAGGAUACGCACGUAUUUCUCGGACCACCGCGACGAGCCAGUCCGUCUUCUGAUAAUGAAGACCCAUGGUCCAGUUCUGAAGAAGUCCUCUCUGAAAGGGAGAUCAGUAAAGAGAAUAUCCCUCCUCGAAAGAAAGCCAAGAAGUCCUCUUUGGCACGGUCCUCCCUUCCGAUAGAUCAGUCGUUUCGCUCAGAUCGAUCUACUACCCGAGAGGAAUCCCGCCAGUUGUCCGGCAUCACAGCUAGCAGUCGGUGCAUAGAUGGGGUUGUCACUCCUCGGGCGUCUUGAACAUACCCUUCGACGGCCAUUUAUCUCAAUAGGAAAAUGGGAGAGCGUUUUGGGAGGAAUCCUCACAGGCCACUCUAUUGAUCUAUGCAACCUAUCUUCCGUAGGGCUCACUGCCCUAUCCUCUUUUGAUGCUUCGGUGGCUUAUUAAGUGUCCCUCAUCUACCCAGUUUUCAUUCACAGUACCUAUCUACGGAUGCCUCCAAUGACUAUCUCUAUAUUGUCAGUUAGAUAUAUUUGAUACUGUACUAGGAUAUAUUGCCGGUUGCUAAACAGCAUGAGGCCUUCUCUGGUCUUCUAUUGUUUUCAAUUCAUGACAUUCGAUUUGUUGGUCUAAUUCAGUUCGUUCUUACUUGAGCCGU